AUGACCUUUACUCCGGUCCUAAGCCAUCCGAUCUCACUGCACGAUUUUGCGACCUUAACGCAGAGAUCACUAGGCCGUCACAUCAACGUAUAUCCCAAGUAUCGUGAUUCGAGAGCUAAGAUUGUAAACUCGGACAUCUCGCAGCUGAAGGAGCAGCUGUUCAACGACCUGCCCUCCAGCACCUCCCGGGAGCGGCGCCCCCCGGAGACGGCCACCAACACCAUCCGACGGUCAGGCACCAAGAAGCGAAGCGCCCCACAGCCCCCUAAGACCCCCCGAGCGCAGCCGACCCUGGACCAGCAGCACAGCACGGACGACCUGAGCCACCUGUCCAUCCGGGACCCGUCGCAGCUGGUGGUGGGCGUCCCCAACACGGCGCUGACCACCACCUGGCGCCACCACCCCAACGCCCUCGUGUCCUCCAGCGUGCAGUACGUGGCGCAGUACCUGGGCUCGACGCACGUGAAGGAGCUGAAGGGGACGGAGUCGACCAUGAAGUCCAUCCAGAAGCUGAAGAAGUCGACGGCGGAGGGGGCGAAGGUCCCCAAGAUCGUGCUGUCGGUGUCCUAUCGGGGGGUCAAGUUCAUCGACGCCCAGACGCAGGCGCUGGUGUGCGAGCACGAGAUCCGCAACAUCCACUGCGCCUGCCAGGACGCCGACGACCUCUCCCACUUCGCCUACAUCACCAAAAGACCUGGAAACCAAAGGACACUACUGCCACGUCUUCAGAGUACAAUCCAGGGAGUUGGCCACCGAGAUCAUCCUGACGCUGGGGGAGGCGUUCGAGGUGGCCUACCAGCUGGCCCUCAGAGAGCAGCCCUACGCCAACCAGUCGGACGAACAGAAGCUCGCCCACGGCCACACCAGGUCCAAGUCAGAGCACCUGCGCGGCAACAAGUCCCUCUCGAAUGGGUCUUCGCACACGAGAUCACAUUCCACGGUGCCCCAGCAGAUGUCGGUGGGCGGGGUGUCGAGCAGUUCCGCCGAGAACCUGCUCUCCGACUCCGGCAACGGCUCGGAGAAGGAGAACGGAUCGAGAAGGGACUCGUUGAGCUCAAGUCAGACUCAGAUGAACGGGUCGUAGGUCCUUGUCGAGAGGUGGAGGAGGAGGAAGGGAAGGAGGAGGAGGAGGAGGAGGAGGACGAGGACGACGCGGGUCAGUCAGUCAGUCAGUCGAGUCAGUCAGUUCAGUCAGUCAGUUCGGUCAGAGUCAGUGUGCUCGCGUCGCCGAAGCCUUCGAUUUUCUUUUGUGCAACUUUUGAGAUUAACUGUCAGGGUUUCGAUCUGCUCAAAGGUGGCCGGAGGGGGGGGUGGGGGCUGGCGAGGAGGCACCUGAGUGACCUUCGCAGAGGCUAAGCGGUUGGUUUAGAUUAACGAAAUGAAGACAUUCCUGUAUCAUAUACACAUUUGUUUAAUCAGUAUAGUGUUCUUCUUUGUGCAUGGAUUAGCAGUUUCUGCAACACAGUUUUCAACCAACCCCUGUAUCAUCUUUAUAGAGAAAUUUGUUUUAUACAUGCCCCUAUAUCUUGUUACUGGGCUACAGUGUAAAGCCAAGAGACUUCAGGUAAAACCCUUUUGGAGUAGCCAGUCUGUGACUCUUGUUUGAAGUAUAUGCCAUUCUUUUAUCAUUUUUGUGAAAACCUUUUUAAGAUUUGGAAAGCUGAAAAGUUCCAUACAAUCCUGGUGUAUUCAAAGUGCUUAGACUCUUAAAAGAUGUGCUCCAAUUUUACUUGUCGAUAUCGUAUUGAGAGUGUAUAGCCACGGCAGUAUUGUUUGGGUAGCCUCACACCUCUAUAAGUGAAAAGUGCAAGUAGACUUACUUGUAAAGGAAACCCAAGAAAAAGAAGCAUGACGACAAGUAGUGUGAAGUCAUGUCAUGCCAUGCAUCAGGAGUAUAAGAAACAACUCUAUUGCCUGGUUUAAGGUGUGUCAACUGGGCCCGUGGAUUUACCGACACGUAGAACGGAAGAUAGCAGAAACAAUCUUCAAAAAUAAAGGUCUGGGGGAAAUAUAUUCGGAAACAUGUACCCCAAGAAAUCUCCCAAGAAAAAAAAA